AUGAAAGCUUCUUUAUAUAUCGAGUCACUCCUGCCGCCAGAAUUACCUCGACCUUGCUCUCAGCCGUUCACUGAUCUGGACCCAUUGACGUGCAACACUAGUGCCGAAUCUCUCCCGCCACCACCUUCACCCUCUUUGCUCGAGGCCAUGGCAUGCCUUGCCUCUGGUCUCGACGAUCGCUUUCUCGGGCCUCCAUCAGCUGAUGCUAUUUCUGGAGUCGUUCCCAGCGAUGCUAGCCAAACACAAGACCAGUUUAUUCUUCGAACAGACGACAUGAAACAGCAUCAUAACGGCUUCUUUGGAGUGAACAUUAGCAGCAACUUCGGUUUUAAUAGAGGGCCUAUUAACGGCAAGCUUGUCCUGCACUCUUGUGGCAGCAACGGCUCCGGUGGAUGUGCCAACAAUAGAAUAAGCAACUGCAGUAGUAGUGGGGGUGGCAGUUUUAGUAGCAGCAGCGGCGAGGCUCUCUUUUUGCCAAACGACCCAUUAACCGAUCCUGACAAAGGGUCAUCUGAAGCAAGUGAACUGCCUCCUGGUGAUAGAGUGGAAAGACAAUCACGCCCAACUUGA